AUGCUGAACAUGAACCAACUGAGCCAGGCUGCUUCCGUCCUGCCACACCCACAAGCACAUUACGCCGAUUGCCGCCCAUUGCCGGCAAUCAACGAGACAUUUGCGCAAUUUAGCCAACAUCGUUUGGCAAUCUCGGUGCUCUCCCCAUUGGAUCUAUCGCUGCGCGCGGCGCCAAAUAUGGUGCCAAUUACGCCGCCAUCGACGCCCUCGCCGCCGCGCAAGCGGCAGAGAUUAAUGUCCGAGGAGAAUUACCUGUGGCGGCCGCAUGCUGCGCUGGUGAUGCAGCAGCCACCAGCAACGGCCACCGGCUAUUUCCAGCAGCAGCAGGAAUUGGGUGGCAGCUGCUACGGCUUGCGCGGCUUUGAGGGAGCGGCGAGCUGUGACAAAAGUAAUUUUCACGGAAAAAGUAACUUUGCGCACAUUCCGGCAAGUCAAUCGAGCGUGUCCAGGACAGCAGCAACAGCCGCAACAGCAGCAGCCAGCGCGGAGGAUGAGACAAUUGUAUUGACCGAGGACGAGGAUGAAACAGUUGUCAGUUCCCAUGACUACAAUGAGUACGCGACGGACACUGAGGGCGACGGCGACGAGGAGGAUGAGCCUAUACAAGUCCACGACGAGGACGAAGAGGAGGAGGAAGAGGUAUUCGUAGACAUACUGGGCAACGAUGAUGAUGAUGACGAUGUUGUGGAACUGGCAACACAACAAAGCCCCGCACAGCAGCUGGAGGCCAAGGCGCUGAAGCGCCAUGAGCUGAUCUAUGAGGAUGAGGAGCUGCACCAUCAAGCUGUCAGUGGUCUGGCCAAGCUCUUUGAACGUGACUUUGGCUCGUCGUCCAAGGAAUGCCUCGAACUGGAAGCAGAGGCUGCAGCAGCCGCCGUCGAGGAGCAGCCGGAAAAAGUUUAUACGGACUUGAGUGGUGGCGGCGGCGUCGGAAGCGGCGGCAAUGCGGAGCCCCCAAAUCCCACUCAAGUGUCAGCACCAGCUCAAACCACGCUGUUGCGCAAACACAAGCCAGAGCGUAGACGCACCAAGUUGCGCAAACACGCAGCCAUCGAUGAGGAGACAAUUAGUCCCGUCUCCGGCACCAUAAUACGCAAGCUGCGCGAUGAUGAGGAGCUCGUUGUGCGCAAAGGUGACAUUGAUCCGGCUUUCAAUGUGGUCGAAAUCACCGAAGAGGCCAAAGCCAUCUUGGCCAGCAUCGAAAAUAAGAUUGGCGACUAUAUGUGUCAGCUUUGUCGCACCGUCUACGAUGAUGCCUUCAUGCUCGCCCAGCAUCGUUGUCCACGCAUCGUGCACAUCGAGUACAAGUGCUCCGAGUGUGAAAAGGUCUUCAAUUGUCCGGCAAACUUGGCUUCGCAUCGUCGCUGGCACAAGCCCAAGUCGGAGAUGCAGCCCGGCAAAAAGCGGUCAACUGAGACUGGCCACAAGGCGACGGCUGGCGAGGAAGCCAGCGAUGGCAUUUAUCCCUGCCAGCAAUGCGGAAAAUCCUUUCGACGCUACGCCUAUCUGAAGAAGCAUCAGGCCUCGCAUCAAAUGAUGGAUAAUCUCAAGAAUAUGGAGCUCUUUAAUGCGCAUCAGCAUCAGCAGCAGCAGCAGCAACUGCAUCAGCAUCAGCAGCAGCAGCAGCAGCAACAUUUGCCCGCACAGCCCGCCGCUGCGGCUGCACCUUAUGUGCUGCCACGCCCUCCGCAUUGCGCCCUGUAUCCAACGGCCACGUCCAAGGGUUAUGCAAGCGGUAGCCAGCGCUUUGGCGGCUUCCCCUUUCAGUCAUUCGACCAGCGGCGCUUCUACUCGCUCGGCGAACUGUAUCUCAGCCAGCAGCUGGAGCGCUCCUCGGCCUUUCAGUACGUCCAUGCGAAUCAUCUGAGGCAGUUGUCGAAUGUCGCCCACAAUAUGCUGCCCCCGCUGCCGGUCAAAUGACCCAGCACCCAUGUGCUGCGUCCUGUGCCGCGCAUUGCGUCCACAUCGACGUCCACGUCAACAGCAAUGGCAACGGCAGCAGCAGCAGCAACAGUUAACCGGCAACUGGAGCUGCCACCGAUAGUUGCCACAGCGCCCAAUUUCAAUUGGAUGCUGCCGAUGUCAACGGCAGCUGCGGCGCCAGCGGAGGCGAGUGACCAUGUUGUUGCUUAA